CCGAAUUUCGACCGUAAACAUCCCGCUGAUUUUAAAGCGUCGCUGAGCGGGAGGCGCCAUCUUAGCGCGAUUCAAUGAGAGGGACGAGGAAGGAGGGAAACCGCUUUUAACCUCUCUCCAGCGGGGAAGGGAGAACUUACACCACUCCACACCGCUGCGGAGACAUUACAGUUGAAUGGUGUAGCAGCCCCUUUAUCUUUGAGUGAUCUUUGAGGGGCAAUGUUUUACGCCCACUUCGUCCUCAGCAAACGUGGGCCGUUGGCCAAAAUCUGGCUAGCGGCCCACUGGGACAAGAAGCUGACCAAGGCCCAUGUCUUCGAGUGCAACCUGGAAAGCAGUGUGGAAAGCAUAAUCUCACCCAAGGUGAAAAUGGCUUUGCGUACAUCUGGUCAUCUUCUCCUGGGUGUGGUGAGGAUCUACCAUAGGAAAGCCAAAUACCUGCUUGCCGACUGUAAUGAGGCAUUCAUUAAGAUCAAAAUGGCUUUCCGACCAGGUGUUGUGGAUCUCCCUGAAGACAAUCGUGAGGCUGCUUACAACGCCAUCACCUUGCCAGAGGAGUUCCAUGACUUUGAUCAACCCCUUCCAGACCUGGAUGACAUAGAUGUAGCACAGCAGUUUACACUGAACCAGAGCCGAGUGGAGGAAAUCACCAUGAGGGAGGAGGUGGGCAAUCUCAGCAUCAUGGCCGACAACGACUUCGGUGACUUUGGCAUGGAUGACCGGGAGAUCAUGAGGGAGGAGAGUGCCUUAGAUAUGGACAUCAUCCACGGAUCAUCUGCUUCCAAUCUUUUGCUGGAGGCAGAGCCUGGCCCUGCCCACUUGCCUGAUAAGUCAACUAACCUUGACUAUGAUGACUUUGGAGAGAACAACCUGGAAAAUAGUGAUGGCGGAAUACUCGUGGAUAAGCUCUUGAGCAGUGAUGGAGGUGGAGGAAUAUUUGAUGAUCCUCCAGCCAUCACCGACAGCGUUAUGAUGCCCCCAGACCACGGAGAUGACGAUGAUGACUUUGACAACUUUUCCCCUGCGGGAGCUCCGGACAGUCCUGAUUCGGGCCCUGUUGAGCCCCUGCCCAACACCACAGACCAGACAGAGCAGACCACACUGGUGCCCAAUGAGGAGGAGGCUUUUGCCCUGGAGCCCAUCGACAUCACUGUGAAAGAGACAAAGGCUAAGAGGAAGAGAAAGCUGAUUGUGGACAGCUUGAAGGAGCUGGACAGUAAGACCAUCCGUGCCCAGCUGAGUGACUACUCAGACAUUGUGACCACACUGGACCUGGCUCCACCUACCAAAAAGCUGAUGAUGUGGAAGGAGACUGGAGGGGUGGAGAAGCUUUUCUCCCUGCCUGCACAGCCACUCUGGAACGGCAGACUGCUUAAGAUGUUCACACGCUGCCUGACCCCGCUGGUGCCGGAUGAGCUGAGGAAGAGGAGGAAGGGUGGCGAGGCUGACAGUCUGGAGGAGUUCCUGAGGGAGCUUGAGAACCCUGAAGUUCCCCGAGAAGAGCAGUUGACGCAAAGUAGAGAUGUUAUCGAUCAGACCAUAGUGGAGGAGCCCAGCAUGCUUCAGGUCUCAUCUAUCGAGGGCAGCCGAACAGCUCUGGACGAGACUCUGAUGCCUCCCCCCUCCAGACAGCGAGGAGUCAAGCGCAAGUCUCAGGAGCCUGAGACAGUUCUGCCGCCAAUGGGCAUGCUUGAUCAGACUUUGCAACCGGUGGAGCAGUCUGUGCUGUCCCAGCAGCUCGAUAUGCCACAGGUUGACCUGCCACCCGAGGACAGCACCAACCUCUCCAGACUCGUCCCUGAGCUAGACCUGUUGGGAGAGAAAAGCAAAGACAAAGACGACAGCGAGGAGGAGGAGGAGGCAGAGGGUCAAGGUGGAGACCAGGACCAAGAGGAGAGGAGAUGGAACAAGAGAACCCAGCAGAUGCUGCAUGGACUUCAGCGUGUGGUGGCUAAAACCGGCGCCCAGUCCAUCAGCCUGCUGGAACUGUGCAGGAACAACAACAAAAAACAAGCCGCAGCCAAGUUCUACAGUUUCCUGGUCCUGAAGAAACAGCAAGCCGUCGAUCUGUCCCAAGCUGAGCCCUACAGCGACAUCAUCGCCACGCCGGGACCACGGUUCCACAUUGUAUAGAUCUGUGUUACUCUUGUUUUAGUUGUAUUUAACACUUUUUACUGUUCAGUUUUCUUUUUUGUAACUAUUUUCAGCUUGUUUUAGGCCAAUUUUUAUGCAUUUGAAUCAAGACCCCUUUUUGAUCAUGCAGAGAUUGUCCUCUACAUAGCAGGGAGGGAGGUUUGCAUGUCGUUCCUUUUUUGUACUCCUGUAACCUCAGUUGAACUUUUCAACCUCACUUCUUCGUUCCACCGAUCAUUUCUGUUUUAUUAUGUUGGUUUUACCCGCUAGGUUUUACAGUUUAAAUACAAGUAGAAUAGGUGUAUACAUUUUUACCUUUUUGAUAAUGUCACAUUUGAGACAAAGGUUUAUUUUUGGAAGCUGUGGUGUAUUUGAAUGAUGCAGAAGCUCAACAUUUUGUAUCUCUUUUAAUGAUGAUGGUUAUUAAAGGAUUAUUAAAACUCUACAGAGAUUGGGAACUCUAUGCACUUAAAGAUAAUUAAUAAUAGCCUUCCAGCUGAGUUGGUAUUUCAACUGAUGUUAAAUUGUUCUUAAUCUUUCGAUAGUAUUACACUUUGUACAACUCUGUCAAACACCCCCAGUUUCAUUUAAUACAAUAUAAAUUUCAA